AUAUUACGGUUCUACCCCAUAGCUUUGUUUGGAAAAAAAGAUUAAAAAGAAACACAGCUAAAGUGGUAAGGCAGCAAAACAAACCCAGCUCAGCCAUUUGCCCCUCAUAUAUUCUCUCUCUGCCUGCUUCUCCUUUUUUCAGCUCAGAAAGAAGGAAACCUUUUCUCCGGCAGAGAAACAAAGGGUCAGUUUCUAUCUUUUUGAUGAAAUGGAGGCUGACAGUAAUCCUAAAAUAGUUGCGCCAUUCGUUGCGAAAACUUACCAGAUGGUUAAUGAUCCCAUGACUGACGGUUUGAUCACUUGGGGUAAAGCUAAUAACAGUUUCAUAGUCAUCGACCCUUUAGAUUUCUCUCAAAGGAUCUUGCCUGUUUACUUCAAGCAUAGCAAUUUUUCUAGCUUCGUUCGCCAGCUUAAUACUUAUGGUUUCAAGAAGGUGGAUCCAGAUAAGUGGGAAUUUGCGAAUGAGUGGUUCCUGCGAGGGCAAAAGCAUUUGUUGAAGAACAUAGCGAGAAGAAAGCAUAAUAAAAAUCCAUUCAUGCAACUGAAAGCUGAGGAUUUAGAGGACGAAGAAAUAAUGAUGGAAAUAGCGAGGCUAAAAGAGGAGCAAAAGUCGUUGGAAGAAGAGCUGCAAGGGAUGAACAAGCGUUUAGAAGCCACUGAGAGACGCCCGCAACAAAUGAUGGAGUUUCUUUACAAAGUCGUUGAAGACCCUGACCUCCUUCCUCGUAUGAUGCUUGAAAAGGAACGGACAAGACAACUUAACGCCGACAAGAAGCGACGGUUGACGAUGAUGCCCUCCAACUCAUCAUCUUCAAGCCUGGCCGUUUCUAAUAAUUCAGUCAAGUCCGAAGAGGAAGAAGAUGGACAUCCAGGAGUAAUUUCGUCCCCAGAAACUGGAUUCGAUAUGGAAAACAACUUUUAUCGCUCAAGUUAUCAAUCAUCGCCGUCGCCUGAUCAGGACUCAAAAGAAUUGUUGGGGCAAAAUAGACUACAUGAGGGGCAACUCAUGAACUAUGGUUGCGCCGCAGUAACAACUCAAUUGCCGGCGGUGAUGGUGGCUCCGUCGGUGAUUGGGAACGGCAUGGCGGUGUCUUCGUCGGGGACGACUAGUGUAGCAGGGUAUGGUGAUAGGAGCGGGCAACUGGGUUAUUUCGGAGAAAUGGCGGCGCCUUGGAUGGAGGCGCGUCCACGACCGCCUUAUCCAUUUUCGCUAUUAGAGGGUGGCUUUUAGUUGGUUGCGUCACAUGAUAUAUCUUGGAUUCUAUCUUUACUACUGAUUUUUUUUUUUUAAGUUUUAGAUUUUGCAAAUUUCAUUUCAUAUAUCGGCUUUUGUAUAUAAAAUGAUUUAAUUAUAAGGUUAACAAAAAUCUUAUUUUAUAA